AUGGUGUUCUCUUCUUUUCUUGUUAUUCUGUUCACUUUAUCAUCUUAUUGCAGUGCUGAUGAUGAUUACUUCUACGUCGGCGAUCUCGCGCAAUACACCACAAAUGGAGUCCCAUUUCCCAGUCUCUCAGGAUCCGUGAUCGAUGUCACUGCUGUGGGCGAUCCAGCCGACAACGGGAUCCUGGUGUUCCUGUCCCCGGAUAUGGAGGCCAGCCUCAAGUCUGCGAUGGACGGCAAUUGCGCGGAGGUCAAUUCGGGGUGCUACCAAGCCGUGAUGGAUGUUCUCGAGGACACCGACAAUGUGCUUACAACUCGCAGCCUGGAGGAGCGCCAACUGGGCUGGCUCGCGGCCGGAGGUGCCGUCAUUGCCGGGUUACUAUACCCGCUCUUCUACGAGAAGGAGGAGCAGUAUAUUCCGGAGCCGCUUGUAAUUCCCCCGGCCAAACUGGAGGACUCUUUCAAUAUGGAGACAGCCACUGCUAUCGUUAUUGUUACGGAAGGAGGCUCCGGAAUGACGGUCACGGCUCCUCCGGAGCAGGACAAAGCGACUGGCCCCCCAGCCAUCAUUACGACCCUUGCAAGUGCCGGACACGGAGGGAGCGCUGGAGACGUGGAAAUCCAGCUCCAAGCAGAUGUUGCCGAUCACAUAAAGCUGCUCCUCUCCGCCUCUGACAACACCAACUGCGACGUGGGCGACGACUUCUUCAACUCAAACACCAUCCACACACGCGAUGUCGACCUCAGCAGCGUUGCAUGUGGCGCCCAGAACAUCCUCGCCGACGGCAUCAACCGCGACGGAUUCCCCAACUGGCUCCUUAUGAAUCCGGCAAGAUUCCCAUGGACCAAUGCAGAGGUUGUCGCCGCCGCCAACACGGUUAUCCGAUGGGCGCUGAACUCUGCAACAAGGCUCAACGCGGCCAUUACCCCCGGCGAGCUUCAGGGUCUGGCUGUUGGUGCGUUCGCCCUGUCAUGGCUCUACUUCAAUAACGGGAAUAUCGCCUCAAGCAACAUCAUCCCUGCCGCCUCGCUGCGCGGUGGGCCCAGCGCUACAAAAUGCCCUCUUCAGACUGCUGUACAAUGCGGCGCGGAGUGCGCAGUGCACUCAUGGGCGCCUCAAUUCGACUGCACGACGACCUGCUCCACAGUUACCAGCUGCAACGCACAAUCGACGAUUACGACGACAGCUACGAGGACGUUUACUGCUGGCUCUGGAUCAACGGGUCUUCCGUCCGGAGGCAAAGGGCAGCAGAUCGCAGUGGCGUCGUACAUCAACCCGCUUGCCGACCCUGCCGCCUGGAACCGGCUCAUCGCGUACGAUUCCGACAAGAUGCCCAUCCUCGUCGCCAACGUCGUGAACGGCCCCGACUCGGCAGUCGACUCGGACUGGGAGGACGUUAUUACUCGAGGUGCAGCCUCUGGGAAGACUGUGCUCGGCUACGUGCGAACCGGAUAUCUCGGGGUGAGCACGCAGAAAUUCACGACGCGGUUGGGCUCGGGAAAUCUCGCCGACUGGACCGCACAGAUUGAGGAGGACAUCGAUAUGUGGUACACGUUGUACGGCGAUAAUAUAGGCGGGAUUUUCUUCGAUGAGGGCUGGCCUGAAUGUGGUGGCAACAAUGAAUACGUUGACCUUUACAAGUAUAUCAACAACUACACCAAACGCAAGCAUCCUGGUGCAUUUACAGUUCUGAAUCCCGGGUCACCUAUGGCGUCUUGCUACGAGGAUACCAUGGAUACCUUGCUUACCUUCGAGCUGUCCUAUGAUGCGUACAAAAACUCAUACACGCCCAACGACUGGACGCCCAAGGACCCCCGCAAGCUCUGGCAUAUCAUCUACGACGUUCCUGAGUCCGCGGUGGCUGAGGUAGCCCAGCUAGCUAAAAAGCGCGGAGCUUCGUUCAUCGAAAUCACCAGUGACGUGAUGCCUAAUCCCUACGACACCCUACCCGGCGAGUCCUACAUCCAGACAAUGAUGGAUGCAAUUGACGGCGGGUCGCUGCUGAACAAGGAUGCAUCUUCAUGGCCAUCAAAGGGCAGUGCCGGUGCCGUAUCUGGACUCUCAGUCCAGGACUCAGACUACAGCUCCGCAAAGCUCUCCUGGAACUCCGCCUCCAACGCCCUCGGCUACAACCUCUACUCAGGCUCCACGCUCAUAGCAAGCGUCCCAAGCUCCAUGACGUCCCUCACAGUCGGCGGCCUGGAUUCCGGAACAAGCUACACCCUGCACGUCAAUGCCGUAGGAGGCAGCGGAACCCUUGGCACCGCCUCCAACACGGUAACCGUCAGCACGAAGUCUCUACCAGGCGGGAACACCAUCACAAACUACAAGGCGUCUCCGGGCCCAGACUCCACCACAUUCACCGCGGACAUCUUAGUCCCCUACGCCUUCAUCCGCCUGUACAUCUGGGACUCGGUGGGCUGCGACUUCGACUCGGACCCCGGGUGGAGCGUCAACUUCAAGGUCGACGAGUACGUCUGCACUCACUACAUGGUCGAGGGCACAACGCUGUACAAAUAUAGCGGCACGCUACCGGAGGGCUCCACGGCCCCGCCCUGGUCCUGGUCAUCCAUGGGCUCCAUCACCCUCGAGAUCACGGACUACACGUAUAAGUGGACGUUGCCGCUCGGGACAUCGACCGUCGACACGAGUAAAUUCGUCGUCCAGGCGCAGGGAUACAACCCGCUCAUUAACGUCUUCCAGCCGGACCCCGGCGCUUACGACUGUAAGGGGUCGAGCAUGUGCACGACGCCGGGGUUGUUGGCCUGGUGCGACCAUGCUGUAAACUAUCUGUAUCGCGAUGACGACCCGUUCUAUAGAGCCGGCGCCGGCUCCCUGAGCGGAAACUGCUGGGGCGAUCAGACGCGAGGCUGCGGCGUCUUCAUCCAGGGCGACUCGACCUGCACGAUCAGCGGGAACGAUAUGUGGAAUGCGUAUCAGGAUAUUCGGAACAUCGGGGGCUGUUCGAAGUGUGGUUCGUGGCGUAGGGAGGACGGGUGCCUGGUUACGAUCAACUAUGUUUACCAGUGUGAUAACCAUGCGGCUAAAAUGGGAGUUCUGGAUUUUGUGGACGGGGGGAAUAAUAAUACUAUUCCCGUUGGCACUAGGCUUGGGUCUGGAUUUAUUUAUGGGAGUUAA